GGGAGAUCGAGAGUUACUCUCUUUCUUGGGGGCUUCGGCUCAUAUUGGGGGCUUCGGCCAUUGAUUUCUUACUCUCUUUCUGUAAUCGAUUCUUCCUCAUCAAUAAAAACUCUUAGUUGUUCUUGAUAGAUUCUGUGAUUUUACUGUUUACCUGGACAGUUUCCUAUCAAUUGGUAUCAGAGCAGUGUUCGAUCGCUGAAUGAGAUAUACGCGUUCCAAAAUGGAAGCCAGAAUGAACGAGGUGGAACGAAGCAUGGUGGAUAUUGGGAGAAAUCAAAGAGAAUUACACGAUCAAUUGGAUCGGAGGAUGCGUGAAUUGCAGAGUAAUAUGGCGGACCAAUUGGCGGAAAAAUUGGCUUCGAUUCAGACAUCGAUGCAAGCGACGAUGCAAGCGAACUUGGCGGAAUUUCAGAAGAACCUCGCCAGUCGAUCGCGAAGCCUCUCUCACCGAUCAUCUGCCUCGCAUCGCACGUCGCAUCAUCAUCAACCGUUUCACCAUCAAUCGUCGCAUCACCAUCACCAAUCGCGACGGGCAACCAGUUCAGAAGGAUCGGAAAACAGUUCGGACUAUUCACCACCGCGAAACCACCCUCAUCGACACAGGAGACACGAUCACCACCGCCGGACUGAAAGGAAAAUUGAAUUACCACUUUUCAAUGGAGCUGACGCUGGUGGUUGGUUGAUGAGAAUGAACCGCUAUUUCAGGUUAAAUAGAACUGAGGAGGAGGAGAAAAUUGAUGUGGCAGUUCUAGCUAUGGAGGAUCAAGCUCUCAGUUGGUUUCAAUGGUGGGAGAGACAAGCUGCACAUCAGAACUGGGAGUCUUUCACUAGGGCGUUGACUAGAAGAUUUCAGCCUGAUAUGGUAAACGAUCCUCUUGGGCCUCUUUUCAGUCUGAAACAGAAAGCUACAAUUCAAGAGUACCGAGAUCGAUUCGAAAAGGUUAUCGCUUCACAAGGCCAUUUAACAGAAGAAGUCUUAAAAGCAGCCUUUCUUAAGGGAUUGAGAAGAGAUAUAAAAGCAGAAUUGAAGUUACAUCAUACUAGAACAUUGGCAGAAGUUAUGGAUACUGCCUCCGCGAUUGAGAACAAAAUUUUGGAAACUUUGUUUGUAAAAGAUAAAGAGGAGGAAAGAAAGAAGGUGCAGACUGCAAAUCAGAAAUGGGAAGAUGGUUGUAGAGGGAGUUCUAGCUACACAACCAAGAAUCCAUCUGGCAACUAUUUAGUUGAUAACAUGAAGAAGCAGGAAUCUUCAAAUUCAGUUCAGCGGAAUACAAAACCCCAAUUAUCACAAGAAGAAUUGCUUGAAAGAAGUAAAAAGGGGCUAUGUUUCAAAUGCGGAGAGAAUUGGGGAAGGGGACAUGUGUGCAAGAUGAAGAAUUAUACAAUAACUUUAGUGGAACGAUCGGAGGGUGAAGCUGAGUUUGAAUUUGAAGCACUGGGAUCAGGCAGGGAUAAGAUCACACCUCUAGAAUUGAAGACCAUGCAAUUCUCUGUAAGUGAUGAGAAAGAAAUAACCCCUGUGAAAACAUUUAAGGUGAGAGGUAAACUGAAAUGGCAUGAAGGUGAAAGCACAAUAAAUGUACUCAUUGAUGGAGGUGCUACACACAAUUUUCUGUCACUAAACUUGGCGGAAAAGUGGAGGAUUCCUUAUACUCAUUUCACAGGGAAUAGGGUGCAGUUAGGGAAUGGCGAAUGUAUUCCAAUCUGUGGAUGGUGUGCAGGUGUGGAUCUGAAUGUGCAAGGAAUUGGUAUUCACCAAACUUAUUACUUAUUGGAGCUGGGGAGCAUGGAUUUAGUCUUGGGAAUGGACUGGUUAACAAGUUUGGGAGACAUGGAGAUUAACUUCCAAAGUCAGACCUUCAAAUGGAAAGUACAAGGGCAGGAGGUGAUUCUACAAAGAGAUGACUCAUCAAGAGAGCAGGACGUUGAAGGAAGAAGUGUUCAAAGGCACGAAGUAGCUGUCCCCAAUGUUACAGCAAGCUGCAAUUGGGUCUUCCAAAAACCUGCAGAAAUCACAGUUCUGGAUCAAAUUGUCUGGCCUAUGUGGAACUAUGCUGUGAAAUACUUAGAGGGAAAGAUGGAAGUAGUAAAGCUAAAGGCCCAGCAGACCAAUCAGUACUGGAGAGGAAGGGGUGCUAGGAUGAAAGAAGAG